UACUGCGGGGGAAUCGAGAAAAUAUUAUUCAAUAUACUAGUUCUCAACAUUCUUUUUCAAUUAUUAAAUAUUUUUUUCAUAAACUCGACAAUAGUGAAAGACAAUUCUCUAAUCGUAGUUAGAACGAUUUUUAGAGAAAUAAUUUUAAAAUUUUGAUAAUUUUUUUGGGAUUCAAAAUAGAAGAAAAUCCUUUUUAUUCUCGUCAUUAGAUUCGAAAUGGUGAGAUGAUACUUGUUAGUAGUAUAAUUCGCUCGUUAAAAGAUCGCUUUUUCUUUCUCAAGAGAGAGAAAGAGAGGAUGUUCUCCACGCUCUGAAUACUUGGCGUGUUCCUCCUGUUAGAAGUAGCAGGAAUAUUCAAAGAACAUUAAAGUCAAAGUAAUAAAGCUAAAGCACUCAGUCGGGAACGGUCAGUUCAUUUCUCGUCUCUAUACUGCGCACCACAGAAAAGCGCUCGUGAUUCUUCGAGCAGAAAACGCGACCCCGCAAUAAUUUUCCACCAGAAGAUGACCCGCCCGAGGAGGAGGAAACGGGAUCCUCGAUGGAAAUAAGAGGACACGUUUCCUCGCCAAAAUUUAUUACAGAUUUCGAUGAGAUGAGGGGUGUAAUUUUAUGGCUAGCAUUAGUGCUAGGUUCACUAUUUUCCAAUACGAUAUCAAGUAGAAUUCCGUCGUCCUCAUUUUCGGGGAAAAUAGAAGAUUGCGAGGAAAAGAAGAACAAACCGCACAUCAUAAUUAUUCUUGCUGACGAUUUGGGAUGGAACGAUGUGGGUUUUCACGGAUCGAAUCAAAUAUCAACACCAAAUAUCGAUGCUCUCGCGUACAAUGGAAUAAUUUUGAAUAACCAUUACGUCGCACCAUUAUGCACACCCAGUCGAGCUUCUCUUUUGACCGGAAAAUAUCCCAUUCACAUGGGACUGCAACAUCUUGUUCUCUUUGAACCAGAACCACGGGGACUUCCCCUAACCGAAAAACUACUCCCACAGUAUUUACGAGAAGGCGGUUAUAAGACACACGCAAUUGGCAAAUGGCACCUGGGAUACUAUCACGAGGACUAUACACCAACAUUUCGGGGAUUUGACACUCAUUUUGGCUACUGGAAUGGUUUUCAAGAUUACUAUUCACACAUUGUCCAAUCGACAAAAGAAGGAUAUCGGGGAUUCGACAUGAGGCGAAAUAUGACCACGGCUUGGGACACGGCAGGAAAAUAUUCCACGGAUUUAUUUACAGAAGAAGCGAUUCGUCUAAUUGAUCAGCACGAUCAAAGUAAUCCUAUGUUCAUGUACUUGGCUCAUUUGGCGCCACACACGGGCAAUCAGGACAAUCCCUUUCAAGCACCCGAUGAAGAAAUCGCUAAAUUCUCCUACAUUCAGGAUCCCGAGAGAAGAAUAUACGCAGCAAUGGUCUCGAAAUUGGAUCAAAGCGUUGGAGAAGUUAUCGCGGCUCUGAGACGACGUGCAAUGCUCGACAACAGUAUCAUUAUUUUCUUAUCUGAUAAUGGAGCCCCGACAAUGGGAAUUCAUAGUAAUCGAGGCAGUAAUUAUCCUCUACGUGGAAUAAAAGAAACACCUUGGGAAGGAGCCGUUCGUGGCGUAGCUGCAAUUUGGAGUCCCCUAAUCGAAAAUCCAAAACGUGUAUCAAAUCAUCUAAUGCACAUUGCCGAUUGGCUUCCCACCUUAUAUUCCGCUGCGGGUCUCGAUCCAAAGAACUUGGGAACAAUUGACGGACACGAUUUGUGGUCGACCCUUGUCACAGAGAAGAAUAAUCCACGAUCCGAGAUUUUAAUCAACAUUGACGAGAUUGCAAAUUACGCGGCGAUUCGUCGAGGCGAUUUCAAAUACGUUAUUGGCUCGACGAAAAACGGUGAAUUAUGGUACGGUGAGACUGGAAGAGAGGAGGAACAACAAAUCGAAGGUUGUCUACCAACGUACAAUCCUCAAGAGAUUUUGAUGAGUAAAGCAGGAGUCGCUAUUUCAGGCGCCAUUACUUCGAAACAAAUCCAACAAAUGCGAAUCGUACGGGAAAAUGAGUCAUCACCAAGUUUGAAAUCGAAAAUUCAGAUUCUCCUACAAUCCGAAAUUAUAAAACUUAGAAACGACGCUGAAGUUAUUUGCAACGUGAAAAAAGAAGACGAGGUGACCUGUAAUCCAAUCGAAGCACCUUGCCUCUUCAACAUCAAGGAAGAUCCCUGCGAGAGGAUAAAUCUCGCCGCAACUCGACCAAUAAUUCUAAAAACCCUAGAAGACGCUCUCCUCAAAUACAAACUAUCAACAAUUCCAGCAAGUAAUGUCGAAAAUGACAAGAACGCAAAUCCAAUAAAUUGGAAUCAAACCUGGACAAAUUGGAUGGAUGAUAAUCCAAUAAAGUACGAUUCCACAAAGAAAUCUGCGCAAGGACAGACAAUAAUUAUCGCCAUAAUUGCCGUAAUAUUUGGUCUUCUAAUAAUAGGAAUGUUUGUCCUUAUGGGUCUCAAUUGUGCGAAAAAAUCAUUCCAAGAAACUCGCUCAUUCGUUGAAUAUGACGAUCAAAUAAGCAGCGGUCCAGGUUCAAUUUCCGUGCAGGACGAGAGAAGAAUAUCUCACUAUUCAAAAGAUUUGCCAAAUUUCAAGGCAAUCGAUUCGUUUAGGGACGUGACUAAAAAUAUCGAUUGACAAAAGGAAAAGGGGUUCGCGAAAAAUCGCACUUUGACUAGAAUAAAAAUUUUCUACAUUUCUCAUGCUAAAAGGGAAAAACAUUAAACUCCGUUCCCUUUUCGCGGAUUUCUUGGAGGAGUCGCAGGAGGGAACGGAGUUUUUAUUUUCAGCGAAGAAAACUGAUUUGUGAAUAAAACUUAUUUAUUUAAUUACUGAAAAUGCGAACCUCGUGAGUCGACUGUCGACUGGUAAUUUUCGAUCACGGGAAUAUUUUUAUGAAUAUUCUCAUUCGACUCGAAAAAUUCCGUCAAGUGAUUAAUAGGAAAACGUACUUGGAAAUCAAGUAUUUUCGUACAUUCCAAAAUAAAGUAAUUGAAACUAAGUCGUAGAAAAUAUAAUUUAUAAAAAUUCGAAAUUUAAUUUGUCGGUGCAGUUUGUAAAUAUAAAGUUAAGUGCACUUUCAACUUUUAGUAAAAUGUAUACUUUUAAAAUAAAUGGUAAGCAGAAUAUGA